UCCCAGAUAAUCAAAUCGUCUUCUUUCAUUUUUCUUCUUGUACCUCGGGUUUGGUCCGGAAGCCAAAUUUGCUCAGAGCUUCGGUGGAGCCGUUUCCGAGGGUUGGGGGUCCACCAGCUUCGUCCUUGCGUGACGUUGAAGCUUUUCGAGUCGCCUAAAUUUGACUCGGCGUCUUUCAUUUCGAAAAUUUACAGCGAAUUUUGGUGGUGGUGGAAUUUUUAGGGUUUUAGGUGAAGAUGAAGAAGGCGAUUAGGAGCAUAGAGGAUCUGAUCGAGGAGGUUCAGCUUCGCAUCGUGUGGUGGGCGCUGUUCGUCUUCGCUGUUUCCUACUUCUUGACGCAUACAAGCAAAUCGAUGUGGAUGAAUCUACCGAUAGCAAUCUUGCUGGUUGCAGUGCUACGCAUGAUGUUAAAUGAGGUGGAGUUUCAUUGGAAGGCUCCGAAGCCUGUUCGUCAGAAGACGUAUUUGGCCCAUUUGGAGAAGAAGCAGUUGUCUGUGAACGAUUCGCGUCUUUCUACUUCGCUGCCGCCGCAGAAAUGGAAGAGGAAAAUCGGUUCUGCGGUCGUGGAGGAGGCAAUGAAAGAUUUCAUUGACAAGAUUCUGAAGGAUUUUGUGAUUGAUUUGUGGUAUUCGGAUAUCACACCAGACAAGGAGGCUCCGGAGCAUAUACACGCAAUUGUCAUGGAUGCUCUUGGUGAAGUGUCAGGAAGAGUUAAAGAGAUAAACCUUGUAGACUUGCUAACAAGGGAUAUUAUAGACUUAAUAGGAGAUCAUAUAGAGCUUUUCAGAAGAAACCAAGCUGCUAUAGGUGUUGAUGUUAUGAAAACAUUGUCUUCAAAGGAGAGAGAUGAAAGGUUGAAACAUCAUCUUAUGGCUUCCAAGGACCUUCAUCCUGCAUUGAUAUCACCUGAGAGUGAGUACAAGUUUCUUCAGCGGCUAAUGGGUGGAGUGAUAGCGGUAGUGCUCAGACCACGGGAAGCUCAAUGUCCAGUGGUUCGAUCCAUUGCCAGGGAACUGUUAACAAGCUUAGUAAUUGAACCUGUUAUGAAUUUCGCAAGCCCUGGGUACAUCAAUGAGUUGAUUGAAUAUGUUUUGGAAAUCGUUAAAGAUUAUAUCUUUAAAGAUGUAGUUGAGGAUCAGUCUGCUGCAAAGGGUGUAUAUGAUCAUGAUUCUCCGUUGAGGAAAUCUGCUACCUUUAAACAGAGUUCUGAUAUGACCUUGGCUAAAACUGAAAAUCAGGGAGAAACAUCGUCGGAUUAUAAAACAUUCCUGGAAGAUCAUUUGCUGCCACAGCCUGCUGUUUGGGCACGAGGGAUGGAGGCUGCGACACAGAGAAGAACUGAAGUUCUGACUCCUGAAAAUUUAGAAAACAUGUGGACAAAAGGAAGAAACUAUAAAAAAAAGGAACACAAGAGAAAGAUAACAGGAGUUCAGAAACCUGUACCAAAGGGUUCAAUAGCGGAUAGUGCUGUACCUGCUGGAAAUUUGGGUAAUGAAAUGCUAGCUGACAGACAUGAUAAUUCCACAGGACAAGAAGAUAAAUCUGAUGUGAAGCUAACCCAUGGGGCAAUUGUUGACACCAAUUUUAGUGAUGCAACUAAAAAGGAGUUACAGUUUUCUUCUGAUGUCAACACAGAAUUAAUUUCUAAGGAAGGGCAUUUUGUUGAUGAGUUAAUUGACAGUAGAGAUCUUGCAGCUAAUGGAAUUCAAAGUAGGCUUAAACGAUCAAAUAGCACUUCUGCUUUGAAAAUCCAACCUGACACAAAAAAAGCAUCGACACAAGGGGGAGGUGGGGGUUCCAUCAUUUCAGAGUUCUAUAGUCCUGAAUCUGGCAGGCAUGUAGAAAGGCAUAUUGGUAAGAGUGCCUCCGAUAUGGUAGUCCGCAGUGUAGGACAACAACUUCCCAAAAUCAGGUGCCGGGUUAUGGGAGCGUAUUUUGAAAAACUUGGGUCAAAAUCUUUUGCAGUUUAUUCAAUCGCAGUGACAGAUGCAGAAAACAGAACUUGGUUUGUGAAACGGAGAUAUAGGAAUUUUGAGCGACUGCACCGUUAUCUCAAAGAAAUUCCGAACUACACUUUACAUUUGCCCCCCAAAAGGAUAUUCUCAUCAAACACAGAGGAUGCUUUUGUUCAUCAGCGAUGUAUCCAGCUUGACAGAUAUCUCCAGGAUCUUUUGUCGAUAGCGAAUGUGGCUGAACAGCAUGAAGUUUGGGAUUUUUUAAGUGCUACCUCAAAGAACUACUCAUUUGGAAAAUCUCCCUCGGUGAUGAGAACUCUUGCAGUGAAUGUGGAUGAAGCUGUGGACGAUAUUGUUCGCCAGUUCAAAGGGGUUUCCGAUGGCUUAAUGCGUGCUGUUGCUGGUCCGUCCAUUUAUGAGGGCUCAGCUUCUGUUCCUGGAUUGAACUUAACCUGGAAUGCAGAAGGGACAAGUGAAGCUGUUACUAGGCAAAGUACUGGGGAAACACUGAAUAGCUUUUCUGAUGAUGAGCCAGCCGAAAAAGAUGAAAGUUGUAGUCCUGUGGAAGUCAAAUUUAAUGUGCAGGAUAGUGAGUGGCAUUCAGACAAUGAAUUGGAUUUUAAGGGUCACCCUCGUCAGAUUAAGCAUUCAAGAGGGUUGGAUAAGAAAGAUACUGUAGUAGUGAAAUUUGGGGAUGGCAAUUAUAUCUAUCCUGGAGGAAAUGGUCCAGUAACCUCCAAUCUACUGGAGGAUCCAAUUGGAAUGCCACCUGAGUGGACUCCACCCAAUGUUACUGUACCUCUGUUGAAUCUAGUGGACAAGGUAUUUCAGCUUAAAAGAAGGGGAUGGCUAAGAAGACAAGUCUUUUGGAUGUCAAAACAAAUACUACAGUUGAUGAUGGAAGAUGCUAUAGAUGAUUGGCUCUUGAGGCAGAUACAAUUGCUUCGGAGGGAGGAUAUUAUAGCUUCAGGAAUUCGGUGGCUUCAAGAUGUGCUGUGGCCUAAUGGGACAUUCUUCCUUAAAGUUGGUAAUGCUAAAGACGAUAACCCUCUUCCGAACCAAUUUGGUGAUAGAAAGGGUGGUCAACCAGGUUCCUUCGAGGAGCAGCUUGAGGCUGCUCGCAAAGCAAGUGAUCUGAAGAAGCUGCUCUUUGAUGGAGCUCCAACAGCCUUAGUCAGCUUAGUUGGAUAUAAGCAGUACAGACGUUGUGCAAGAGAUAUAUAUUUUUUCACUCAGUCUAAUAUAUGCGUGAAGCAACUUGCUUAUGCGAUACUUGAAUUGUGUCUUGUAUCAAUAUUCCCGGAGCUUCGGGAACUUAUUGUUGAUAUUCACGAGACGGCGCACAUCGAUCAAACUGUACAGUGAACUAGUAUAUACUUGCCGCAUCCUAUUGGUUUUUGCUA